AGCCUAGUCACGUAUAAAUGUGGCAGCAGACACAAACUGCUGUUGAACCAUGGCAAAGCUCUGGAGUGUCACCUCUUUAGUGGCACUAGCUCUGCUAGCAUGCUUAGCUGGGACAGAGGUAGAAGCUCAAGUGUGGGUGCCUCCAAAAAGGCCUCUUCAGAACCAACAUGUAUCUCCAGAAUCGUGGUCAGUUCCUCAAUAUGAAUUGAAGAAUCAAGCGCAGCAGAACCCUACAAUACCACAGACAACAACAAUUGUGUCAAAGUACCCUCCUGCCCAGAGAUGUGAUGUGGCGAAAAACACUAGAGUCCCAUGUGGACAGCCUGAUAUCUCUCCUGAUGGAUGCAGAGACAUGAACUGCUGCUCUGAAGGCGGACAGUGCUACUUUGGAAAGGCAGUGACCGUUCAGUGCACCAAGGAUGGCCAGUUCAUUGUCGUAGUGGCGAAAGAUGCCACUCUGCCCAACAUUGACCUUGAGUCAAUAUUACUGUUGAGCAAAGCUCAAGGCUGUACACAUGUUGACUCUAAUUCAGAGUUUGCCAUCUAUAACUUUGGUGUUACCUCAUGUGGCAGCGUUGUUUUGGAGGAGCCUGGUGUUAUAAUCUAUGAGAACAAAAUGUUCUCCACAUAUGAAGUGGAAACCGGGCGUCGUGGAGUCAUUACCAGAGACAGUCACUAUGAAUUGCUCUUCCAGUGUCGGUACAUCGGCACCACUGUUCAAAUUGUGGUUGCAGAAGUAUCACCGUUCCUAGAUCCUCCUAUAUCAGUUGCUGCUCUAGGACCCAUCAGAGUAGAGCUGAGGUUGGGUAAUGGACAGUGCAUUUCAAAGGGUUGUAAUGAAGAGGAUGUGGCCUAUGCUUCGUACUACACUGAUGCCGACUAUCCCGUGAGCAAAGUACUGAGGGACCCUGUGUACGUGGAGGUUCUACUCCUUGAGAAGACAGAUCCCAACCUUGUCCUGACUCUUGGUCGCUGUUGGGCGACCACAAGCCCCAACCCUCACAGUAUGCCCCAGUGGGACAUUCUGAGUGACGGGUGUCCAUCCAGGAAUGAUAACUACUUGUCUUCAAUGGUUCCAGUCGGUCCCUCCUCUGGUCUGCUCUUCCCCAGUCACUACAGACGUUUCCUUUUCAAAAUGUUUACCUUUGUUGACCCUAGUUCAAUUACACCCUUGAAUGAACAGGUGUACAUUCACUGCAGUACGGCUGUGUGUGUUCAAACAGAUCACCUGUCCUGUGAACCAAUAUGCCAUAGACAAAGGAGAGAUGUCGUGGAUGUGGCCCAGACAAGUUCUGAGCGAAAGGUUGUGGCUUCUGUCGGACCAGUGAGCAUGAGUGCCUCUGUGGAGUAAACAGCAGUGUCGAACUCAAGAAGUUGGCCGAGUUCAUGAAGUAAAAGAUUUGCAUAUUACAUACUGUAUAUUGUAAUGAUUGGAAAAAUAAUACAAAGUGUGCUGCAAGACGAAUGAAAUUGAUCCCCAAAAAUAUUGUCGACACAUUUGUAUUAAAAUAUAUUGGCUUUGAUUUGCUGUAAAUAAUUUGAUAACUUGUUUGCGUAAUACUUAUACCCAAAAAAAUGCAACAAACGUUUUUAUACAUAGAUAUCUCUAUUUUAGUGACAUUCACGUAAAGUACCUGGUUGAAUAAAGCUAUGGGUAUUAUUUUGCACUUAUUACUAUACUCACGUAUUGGAGAAAAUAUAUUUUCGUUUAUCCACAUUACAUCAAUUACAGCAUAAUAAUUUGGUAACAAAAGAAAAUGUAUGUGCUGUAAAAAAAUAUAUUUUCCCCAUCACACACUCAGAACUGACACAAAUACGAUUCCAUGAAUCAGGAGGUUACAACAGAUGAUGAUGAUGAUAAUAAACUAUAAGAACGAUGGUAUUGAUAUCAAUAAAACAAAUUCAUGCUAAAUCAACUUUGCUGUAAGUAUUUACAAUUCCUUGUCUGUGAAAACAUACUUUGCAAUAAAAGGUUCUGAUCCCGA